UCUAUGUUUGAUACUGAAUGUGUGUACAGUAGUGUUAUAUCGGUAACAUGACUGUAUUCGUUGCCUUUUCGAAUCAUGUGUAGCUGGGAUACUUGUAGCAUUUGCAUAUGAUGAUUUAUCGUUCCAAAAAAUCGCCACCCAAUCAAAACCCUUUGUAGGCACGGCGGGCACCAAUCAACUGUACGAGGCUAGUAAUGCAGUGGAUGAUAACACAGCAACAUGUAUGAGAACAAUAGUAAUAGGCACCGGACUUAGCACUCCAGAUAAGACUGUCUGGUGGAAAGUUGAUCUUGGUGGAGUGUACAACAUUUACAGAAUUAACAUCCUAUUUAAAAACUACGACGGUUACGAGGACCGCCAAAGAGGACGAUUUGCAGGAUUCUCGCUGUACGUGUCCAACAGAGAUGUAUCAUUUGAUGCUGGUAUAAAAGGUUCCAUUCUGUGUUACAAGGACGGACCUCAGUUACCACCCUUAAACUUUACAACAGUAUGUACUGAAAAAGGACGAUACGUCAUAUAUUACAACGAAAGGUUAAACGGAGUUAUCUACCCGAAAGGAUAUGAAGUCACAAAUGUAUAUGAGGAGCUCUGUGAGGUCAUAGUUCAAGGGUGUAAAAAUGACGGUUUCUACGGCAGAAACUGUGACACUCCUUGUCCCAACAACUGUAAAGAUAGCACUUGUCACAUAGAGAGUGGAGCAUGUUUAACGUGUAAACCUGGAUGGACCGGAGUACAUUGUAAUACAAAAUGUAGAGAAGGAUGGUACGGUAUAAACUGUGAUCAGCCGUGCGUAGGCCAUUGUAGAGACAACGCCACCUGCAAUCAUGUGACUGGUCAAUGUGACAGAGGGUGUGCUGCUAGAUGGACAGGGAAACUGUGUGACAAAGUAGAUAAUCAAACAGCCACGUUUAAGCUUAGAGAGAUAAGUAUGAAUUUCAAAUACAUGUACUUCAUUAUUGCGAUUGCACAUCAUGCUCAAAGACAAUUUGAUAAGUUUUUAAUUUGUUACUUAUUAUUUUGAUAAUUUCAGCAUACUUAAUCACGACUAUUUCUGUUAUUGAAAUUAUAAUGACUGCUAUAGGAAUAUUAGUUAUAAAACAACGUUGGGCAAUCUUCAGGUAUAUUUUGAUUUAAAGAGAAAAAAUUGAGAUUUCAAUAAUUUGUGUAUACGUUUCUUUGUGUUUGAUAUAUUGAAAUACGCUGUUUUGUGUUUUCUUUGAUAGGAAUCAAAGAUAUGAAGAAAUAAAAAAGAACGCAACCUAUCUUUUCUCUAGCAAAUUAAGUGGUAGUGGUAAUGUAAACUGUGAAAGCAUUGAACUGAGAGAUUUAUCAAAUGACAACGCCAUUCAGGAAGAUGGUGAUCGUACAUAUAUUGACAUUAUUGAACACGAGAGUGACAAACAAUCUCAACACACAGCACCAGUCAGCGAUACUAUACUUUAACUCCUUCCGCUUGC